AUGUCAGUUUACCCCGACGACGUCGUCAUGCAAGUCAUCAAGCGAGAGAACGUCGAGCCGGUCGAAGUCACCUUUGCCGACGAAGAGCAAAUCAAGUCGGAGUGCGUCGACGACUCUUACCGCUCGAUGGCGCCGUCGCCCGAGUCCAUUCAGGCCCCCAGCGUCGUCGACGACGACCGCUUGAGCCGCUCGACGUCGCACAGGGUCGUCUCGCGUCGCUGCGAGCUCCCUCUCCUCCCCGUCUUCGCCGUUGACGGUCUCAACAGCGGAAACGGUGUGGCCGCCUCUCCUCUUGCCGCCCUCCUCAAGCACAUCGAGCAUGAAAUCGGAAGGGCGAGCACCAGCAUUGAGUACUGGCGUGGCGUGAGCGAGAAAGCCGCAGAGAAGGUCAAUGAGGAGACGGUCAGGUUCAAUGCCUUUGCUGCCCUCGUUAGGGCGGCUAGCGAGCAGCGUAUCAAGCGAGAGAAAGAGUAUAAGGAGGCCCUGAAGUAUGUUGAGGCCCUCGUCGAGCACAGGAACCGCCAGGUUCGGGAAAUGGACAUUCUCGAGGACGUCCUCGCUCGUCGCCGGGAGGAAGCGGCGCACCGUGAGCUCAUCCAGUUUCUCUGGCGUCAUGCCAUCAGUACUGAUCAGUGUGAGCAAGCAGAGAGGUUGGCGAAGCUCGUGACAGGCGAGCCAGUCAAGCGCGAGGAUCACGAGGAGCAGAAAGAGCGUGAGCUCACCGCCAAGCUCCUCGACCGCCUCGAGCGCAAACGCGCAAUCUUCAAGAUCACAAACCAGAGGAUCAUCAAGCAAGGCCUGCCCGACUACGAGCACGCUCUUUGCAACCUCUGGACCGAACUCAAAAACCAGGUCGCGCUCGCCCACUUGGGUUUGGAGGUCAAGCGGCGUCUCGCCAAGGUUGAACAGAACUAUGGCAUGGCCCGCGAACACCUCGCGGGCAUGGUGCGCUUCAAGGAGGAGCAGCUCGAGAAGGCCAACGCCAUCCGCAACUCGAUGCGCCCCUUCAACGCCCACUACACCAGCACCUUCGUCCGCGUGCACCUCUAA